CGUUAAUCAUCUGCUUUGCCUUUUUAUGUCAUCUUCGACCUGCCAUCUUGGUCGCAGCGUCUAUGCGGCGUGCCCCUGUCAGACCUGUUCCUCCGCUACACGGAUCCUUCGAGGCUUCCUGUGCUGUCACGGACCAGCGAUAGAGUCGUUGUGGUGUUGCAUGUUCCACAUAUUCCUUCAGCUCCUGAACCUCUCCACUUAUUCGUUCUGUUGCAUCAAUCCUUUGAUUUGAGAUAGAACCUCAAGACUCACCAAGUAGCAGAUAUGAAGACUAUUUAAGAUGCUGGGAGAGCCCUUUCUAGAAACUCCUCUGCAUUCCAUCGCAUCAUCUCUUCAUCUCUUACAACAACCAAACUUCAUCUCUUGCAACAACCAAACUUCAACUACAACCAACCCAUCUCCUUCACCAUGCACUUCUUCAAGUCUCUUCUCGCUUCUGCCGCUCUCCUUGGCGCCGCCCAUGCCGUGGCCAACUGCGACGAUGAAUCCCAGGAGUACGGUGGCAGGUACACCGACGACUCGGGCACCUACGCCACCUCAGACGGCGUCUCGCACCCCUACAAAUUCCCCCUGAUUCGCAAGUGCUGGUGGGACUACUUCGUCGUCGAUGCGUCAGUCGAGUACCUGGCGUGGCAGAAGGCCACCGGCGACAUCUACUGCACCGGCACCAGCGCCUGCGUUGCCACCAAGCUGGCUGGCACCCAGAACUGCCAGAGUCGAUCCGAGUCCAUCAGCGCCGAAGUUGGCCUCAAGCUCGAGGAGUUCAGCAUGGGCCUGAGUGUCACCGUCACGACCGAGGAAUCGCGCUGCGAAUCUGCCACGGAUACCACGGCCUGCACAUGGAACGACGCCCAAUGCCACACUAUCUGGACCCAGCAGCAGGUCCUCCGCCAGAACGGCUACCGUCGCCACCGAUGCAACUGGGGCAACGGUGACGAGACUGAGUGCAUGGCCGACUGGACUCAGGAUACUCCUACCACCUACAUCAACUACGGCUGCGGAUCUGCAUGCACAGACAGCAACGCUUGCGGAAACACUGACGGAUCGACCUGCUAGAUCGGGGUAGAGGAUGUGCGUUGCGAGUUCAGGCAUGGAUAUCACGUUGUAACGAGGUUGUGGAGCAUUAGGGACGUUGCUGAGGGAGCAUGGUGGCAAAAGAUGGUGGCUGUUCGUAUAUUCGUAUAUUAUUCUAUAGAUUAUAAGAGAUUUGUGUUAUUUUGA